AUGGCCCCCAAGCGUCCUACCCCAUCUACCCCUUCUGCUGCCAAGAAGAGGAAGGUCCUGAGCCUAGCACAGAAGAUGGAGAUGAUUGAGAGUGUUGAAGGAGGCCUGGGGUGGACCGAAGCUGCCAAGAAGUUUGGGCUGCACGAGGCAUCUGUCCGCACGAUUUACAAGACGCGGGACAAAAUCAGGUGGAUCAUAGAGCAAGUCGACCAGAAGAAGAUCAACAUGGACGGCGUUGCCAUAAGGGAAAAGGCAAGGAACCUGUACGAGCACCUGGCUCAGCAGGAACCUACGUCUUCCACCUCUGCUCCAGCGACGUUCAUCGCCAGCCGUGAAAGCGGGUCCGCCGACACCGACGCAGCCCAACCAUACGUGCCAGUCUUUAAGUUCUUGGUUGUCGAGGGGAACUACAGUCCUGAGCAGGUGUUCAGUGCAGACGAAACUGGCCUUUUUUACAAGAAGGUGGGGAAUCAAACCUACAUCCACAAGGAAGUCAAGAAGCUGCCAGGAUUUAAGGCAUUCAAGGACAGACUGACACUGAUGUUUGUAGGGAAUGCUGCAGGAGACUGCAAGAUCAAACCACUCCUUGUUUGUCGUUCUGCCAACCCAAGGGCUCUGAAGGGACUGAACAAGCGGUUCCUUCCAGUAAUCUGGAAGUCCAACAAGAAAGCCUGGAUGACAGCUAAGAUAUUCGAGGAGUGGUUCUACCACGACUUCAUCCCUCAGGUGCAGUUGUAUCUUGCUGGGAAAAAACCUGGCUUUCAAGGCUGUGCUGCUGGUGGACAGUGCUGGUGGACACACCUCACAGUCACUGAACCUGGACCACCCAAAUGUCUGUGUGUCCUACCUUCCCCCCAGGACAACAUCACUGCUUCAACCGAUGGACAUGGAGUCAUCAAGACAUUCAAGUUUAAUUAUCAGAGGGCUGUCUACAGGGAAGCCCUCAAGAAAAUGGAUACAGACAGCAGCAUGACUUUCAUGGAUUUCUGGAAGCAGUAUAACAUCCGCAAUGCCCUCACUCUCAUCAAGCAAGCAUGGAAUGAAGUCCAAUCGUCCACCAUCAAUGCCUGCUGGAAUGCACUCUGGCCUGAGUGUGUGCAUGAUUUCAGAGGCUUCCCUACAGUGCAUUCACAGAUGCAGGACAUCAUCAGUCUGGCUCACACAGUUGGGGAAGAAGGCUUUGAUGACAUGACUGAGGAAGAUGUGGAUGAUGUGAUUGACUCACAUGAUGCUGAGCCUUCAUCUAAAGAGUUGCUGCAGCUGGAGGAAGAAGAGGCAAGAGGAGGUGCUGAUGACGAGGAUCUUGAUGAUGAUGAAGAGACCAAGCCUGUCUUCACCAUCAAGACUCUUCAUAAUUUGCUGAAAGUCAUGGAAGAUGCAACAUCCCUCUUCAUUGAAACAGAUCCCAUCCUGGAGAGGAGCAUUAAAUUCAAGAGGGGUGUUGAGGAGCUUCUUUUGCCCUACAAGGAGACCUUACGCAAAAAUGGAAGCAUCUCACAGUUCCGCUACUACAGAGAUGCCACAGUUGCAAACACAGUAACACAGUCCAAGGUAACAGCGGGGCAGGGAACAGGCACAAGUGAACGUGAGCACGCUAUCGUAGGGUAG